AUGGCCACAGAAAUCAAGGUUGAAAUCAUCCAGAGGCAAACAGUUAAACCAUCCUCCCCAACUCCUCAUCACCUUAGAAAUUAUAAGCUCUCUAUUUUGGAUCAGAUGGCCCUUCAAACCUACAUCCCAAUCCUUCUCUUCUAUCCCAAUGCUGCUGAUGCUACUAGCAACAAUGUCAUGGCCACCGAUGAAAGAUGUCCGCAUCUAAUGCAAUCCUUAGCUAAAACUCUCACUCACUUCUAUCCUUCGGCAGGAAGAAUCAAAGGUGACGCCGUGAUUGAAUGUAACGAUGAUGGAGCUGAGUUUGUGGAAGCCCGAGUCAAGUGUUCCUUAUCAGAGAUUUUCGAACACCCAGAUGCUGAGAUGUUAAGACGAUUCCUACCAGUUGAACCCGAGUCUAGAGAAGCGGGCACCGGCACGUUGCUUCUUGUUCAAGUCAACUUGUUUGAGUGUGGUGGAAUGGCAAUUGGGUUUAGCAUUUCUCAUAAGUUUGAGCCACUGCCAUCCGUGGAAGUCGAUAAGGAAAAGUUCAUAACAAGGAGGUUUGUGUUUGAUGCCUCAAAGAUUGCUGCUCUCCAAUCUAAGGUAACCAGCUCAGUUGUGCCCAAACCAACAAGAGUAGAAGCAGCUUCAGCACUCAUUUGGAAAUGCAAAAUUGAAGCAUCAUCCCGAUCAUCAUCAAACACGUUGGGGACUAGCCUAAUAAGGCCAUCAGUCUUCUCUCACUCUGUGAACAUGCGUAAAAUGGCAGUGCCACCCUUGCCAGAAAACUUGGUUGGGAAUCUAGUAGAUUUUUCGACAACCAACUAUUCUCACUCUGGAGAGAAUUCCACUGUGAUAGAUUUGAAAGGCUUGGUGGCAAAAAUCAGGGGAGGACUUGAAGAAACAAAAGAACGUCAUGCUGCAGUAGUAGUAUUUGAUUCUAACGAAGCAUGGCAAAACAUGGAAUGGUACAUAAACCUGAUGAAAAAUGAUGACAUAGACAAGUUUAUCUGCUCAAGUUGGUGUAGGUUUCCAUUUUAUGAAGCCGAUUUCGGAUGGGGAAAGCCAUCAUGGGUGAGCUACGUUGCUGUUGCAAUUAACAAUGUAACUGUUUUGAUGGACAAAAGAGAUGACAAUGGAAUAGAAGCAUGGGUGACUCUGAGCCAAGAGAACAUGGCCUUAUUUGAAAGCAACAAGGAGCUGCUUGAUUAUGCUUCUCUGAACCCUAGGGUCACCAACUGA